GCUGCUGCGGCGGGCGACGACGGCAGAGGUACAGGUGCCUCCGCGGCGGUCUCCCCUCACCUUCCAGCCCGCCGGUCUUUGGAACAGGCCUUCACGCCCCUGUCCUGUCUCACACGCCGGCCUUCCUACCGUCCCCGCCAAAUGCAGGCCACCGUCACUCUCCCUGAGGAGGUCUUUUGGCUCCUGGAAGAUGCUGAAGAGUUCCUGUUGGAAGGUUUGCGGAAUGAGAACCUCAGUGCUAGUGCAAGAGAUCACAGAGAACAUAUUCUGCGGGGCUUUCAGCAAAUCAAAGCCAGGUACCACUGGGAAUUUCAGCCCCAAGGGGGAGACCAAGCUGAAAGUUACAUUGGACAGGACAGCUCUGAUGAUAAUCACAGUGGAACUCAUGGCCCUUCCCUCUUGUCAGAGGCACCUUUUUUGUCAGAUUAUCAGGAUGAGGGAAUGGAAGACAUCAUAAGAGGAGCUCAAGAACUUGAUAACAUCAUCAAGCAAGGAUACUUGGAGAAGAAAAGCAAAGAUCCUAGUUUCUUUGGAUCAGAGUGGCAGAAGCGAUGGUGUGUUGUCAGCAGAGGCCUCUUCUACUACUACGCUAAUGAGAAAAGCAAGCAGCCCAAAGGGACCUUUCUCAUUAAGGGCUACAGUGUACGGAUGGCCCCCCACGUUCGAAGAGAUUCCAAGAAAGAAUGCUGCUUUGAACUGACCUCACAGGAUAGGCGCAGCUAUGAGUUUACAGCUUCUAAUCCAGCUGAAGCCAGAGACUGGGUGGAUCAAAUAAGCUUCUUGCUAAAGGAUCUGAGCUCCUUAACCAUUCCAUGUGAAGAAGAGGAGGAGGAGGAGGAAGAAGAGAUGUAUGACGAUAUCGAUGGUUUUGACGCCCCAAAUUCUGGUUCCCAAUGCAGACCCAUGAUCUUGCCUGGGAGUGUGGGGUUAAAAGAGUCUGCAGAGGAGGAAGAGGAAGAAGAUAUUUAUGAAGUCUUACCAGAUGAAGAGCAUGAUCUGGGCGACGAUGGGAGUGGCACUCGACAAAAAGGAGUGGACUAUGCCAAUUACUACCAGGGCCUAUGGGAUUGCCGUGGUGACCAACCAGAUGAACUGUCCUUCCAGCGAGGUGACCUCAUCCGAAUUCUGAGCAAGGAAUAUAACAUGUAUGGCUGGUGGGUAGGAGAACUGAACAGCCUCGUUGGGAUUGUUCCAAAGGAGUAUCUCACCACUGCCUUUGAAUUGGAAGAAAGAUGAAGCCCAGGACACAUAUUCUUCUCUCCAUUCUGCCUUAAUAAAGAAGCUGAUCAUCCAGAAGCCUUAUGCCCCACCCUUGCUGCCCCCACCAAUGCCAUGGACUCUUCUAUACCAAAGAGACCCAAGUCUCUGACACUAGAAGUGACUGUAAACCACCAAUAAGACAAGUAGGAAGAGGAACAUUCAUCAAACCUGCUGCGAAAUCAGCCUUGUCAUAGCUCAUCCUGAGCAUGCCCACACAUCCGCUUCUGCCUUACCCAUGGGGUUGUCACAGAGAAGGUGAGAAAGGGAGAGAAACCUUUGGCGAAGGAAGCUGCUGGUUAUUUUAACUGGUUUGAAAAGCAGAAAUAAACUUCAGAUUUGGUUCAUUGCCAUGUCUGGUGGUAUUG